GGGCUAGCGUGCGUCUGAGCAGCGAGGAAGACUCCAGAAGGUCAGGCGAAGAAUAUCGAGUCCGGCCAAAACAUCUUCUCCAUCUCUCCCAUCUUCCUCCCCUUCUCCCCCAUCAUCAAUCGCUUGGAGUCGCGGCGUUGUCAUCAAGCUUCUUCAUCAUGCAGCGCGUUCUCUCAUCCACACCCCGAGCUGCGGCUCGUCAGGCGAGAAUACGGCCCGGCUCAUUGACGCAACAACGAUUCGCACACAAGGAGCUCAAGUUCGGCGUCGAGGGCCGCGCUGCUCUGCUGACCGGUGUUGAGACUCUCGCCAAGGCUGUGGCGACGACAUUGGGCCCCAAGGGCCGCAAUGUGCUGAUUGAGUCCAGCUACGGCUCACCCAAGAUCACCAAGGACGGUGUGACAGUAGCAAAGGCCAUCCAGCUCAAGGACAGGUUCGAGAACUUGGGCGCCAAGCUGCUUCAGGAUGUUGCCAGCAAGACCAACGAGGUCGCUGGUGACGGCACCACCACCGCCACUGUUCUCGCCAACGCCAUCUUCUCCGAGACCGUAAAGAACGUCGCCGCCGGCUGCAACCCAAUGGACCUUCGCCGUGGUACACAGGCCGCCGUCGAGGCCGUCAUCGAAUACCUCAAGGCCAACAAGCGCGAUAUCACCACAUCAGAGGAGAUCAAGCAGGUUGCAACCAUCUCCGCCAACGGAGACACACACAUCGGUGGUCUGCUCGCUACUGCCAUGGAGAAGGUUGGAAAAGAGGGUGUCAUCACUGUCAAGGAGGGCAAGACGAUCGAGGACGAGCUUGAGGUUACCGAGGGUAUGAAGUUCGACCGUGGUUUCAUCUCGCCAUACUUCAUCACCGACACCAAGUCACAAAAGGUGGAAUUCGAGAAGCCAUUGAUCCUUCUUUCCGAGAAGAAAAUCUCGGCCGUUCAGGAUAUUGUGCCAGCUCUUGAAGCUUCCCAGCAGCAGCGCCGACCUCUGGUCAUCAUCGCUGAGGACAUUGAUGGCGAGGCCCUUGCCGUGUGCAUCUUGAACAAGCUCCGUGGCCAGCUUCAAGUCGCUGCUGUCAAGGCUCCAGGCUUCGGUGACAACCGCAAGAGCAUUCUCGGUGAUAUCGCGGUCUUGACCAACGGCACUGUUUUCACCGAUGAGCUCGACAUCAAGCUUGAGAAGGCCACCCCAGAUCUUCUCGGUUCUACUGGAUCUAUCACCAUCACUAAGGAGGACACUGUUAUCUUGAACGGCGAGGGAAGCAAGGACAUGGUUGCCAACCGCUGCGAGCAGAUCCGUGGUGUCAUGGCUGACCCAACGACCAGCGACUACGAGAAGGAGAAGCUCCAGGAGCGUCUUGCCAAGCUUUCCGGUGGUGUCGCAGUCAUCAAGGUCGGUGGUGCUUCUGAGGUUGAGGUCGGUGAGAAGAAGGACCGCAUGGUCGAUGCUCUCAACGCUACUCGUGCUGCCGUUGAGGAGGGUAUUCUCCCAGGUGGUGGCACUGCUCUCCUCAAGGCCGCUGCCAACGCUCUCUCCGGCGUGAAGCCAGCCAACUUCGACCAGCAGCUCGGUGUCUCUAUCGUCAAGCAGGCCAUCACUCGUCCAGCUCGCAACAUCGUUGAGAACGCUGGUCUCGAGGGCUCAGUCGUUGUUGGCAAGCUUAUGGACGAAUUCGGCAAGGACUUCAACAAGGGUUUCGACAGUGCCAAGGGCGAGUACACCGACAUGAUCGCCGCUGGCAUCUUGGAUCCGUUCAAGGUUGUUCGCACUGGUCUCUCUGAUGCCUCCGGCGUCGCUUCAUUACUUGGUACCACCGAAGUUGCCAUCGUUGAGGCACCCGAAGAGAAGGGCGCAGCCGGCGGCAUGCCUGGAGGCAUGGGCGGUAUGGGCGGCAUGGGUGGCGGUAUGUUCUAAACUGCUCGCCCAGCCUGCUCGACCGACCUACACCACCUUGUACCCUGAUCUCUCAUGAUAUAUGAGUGCGAAGCCAUGAUACCCAUGCCCGACUGGAAUUCUGUUGCCGGUCUGUAACAACACUAUUUUAUACUACUACCAAUCGUGCUUGUCUGGAUUGUACACACGAUGGAAGCCAAGGCGAGAAGGAAAGAAAGCCAGCGAACGUUAUACAUACUAAUCUCCGCUCUGAAAAGAAAGAGAAUGGAAUGGGUUUCUACCUUUGCAUUGGGCGGCGUACGGCACGGCCCCAUUGUGAGAGCCCGUGUAAAUGGCCAUUUGAGACAAUUGUGUGUAUUAUAGUGUCACUGAUAGCGUUUUGAAGAAAAGUGGUAGAAAUGUGAUGGGUACGCUGUGAGCAAUGAUUCCACUCACCGAUACCUCAAGUGGAAAGUCAGCGAAUCUACACAUCACAAGCUCACACUUGAGAUCAAGCGGACCACUUCAAAGCAGCUAUGGCACUUCACUUGAAGCCGCGAAAUCAAACAGGAGCUGUCCGCUUGGAUGCAUAGUAGCAUCGCUCACUUGAAUGCGUUCACUCCACCGCGAUCAAAAAGCUCGCACUCAUCAACUCGUUUCACAAAACUUCCACCACAGUGACACUGACUUCUUGC